GGGUCCAAUCGUUGUCCCAAUGUACCAGCAAGCGAUAAUAAUCACGAUGUACAGCAUAAUCAUAUGUCUGUCGGUAUUCGGAAAUUCAAUUGUGUGCUAUAUCGUAUUUUCAUCGCGUAAAAUGAGGACAGUAAUGAACUUCUUUAUCGUCAGCCUGGCUUUGAGUGACAUCCUUAUGGCAGUGCUCUGUAUUCCAUUGACGUUUAUAGCAAAUCUUAUUAUAAACUCUUGGCCCUUCGGCGAAACAAUGUGUCCAAUUGUCUCCUUUAUUCAAGUGGUAACAGUAUUUAUGAGCUCAUUAACACUCGUAGCUAUAAGCCUUGACAGGUACUGGGCAAUUGUUCACCCUUUGAGACGAAAAAUGUCUAAGCGUCAAGCCUGCAUUGUGAUUUCCGUCAUCUGGUUAUUGUCCCUAGUAAUACCUUUGCCGACAGCUAUAAAGGCAAGGGUCCACCAGUACGUGAACGAUUCAAAUGCUCCCUUCUUUUGCGAGGAAUUAUGGGAAAAUGUUACAGGGCAGUCCAUUUACAACGUAUUGCUACUACUUUUACAGUAUUUUAUUCCACUUGCAAUCCUCGUGUUUGCUUACGGAAGAAUUAUCCGCGUGUUGUGGAUCGUAAAGACUCCCGGAGAAGCUGUAAAUGACCGGGACAAAAGAAUUGCUACAUCCAAGAAAAAGAUCAUCAAGAUGAUGAUAGUGGUUGUGAUAAUAUAUGCUAUUUGCUGGCUUCCUCACCAUGUUAUCACCAUAGCUGGCGACAUCAACAUUACGUUCUACAAUCUUCAAGGAAUGAACAUUGUCUGGACGGCGUCUCAUUGGCUCGCCAUGUCCACUUGCAUGUACAAUCCGUUUAUCUAUUGCUGGAUGAACGCUAAGUUCCGGAACGGGUUUAUUAAAGUGUUCAGAUGUGUAACGUGUGGAUUGACAAAACCUCGGCGUGGAAUUGAGAUGCAACACAUGAGUUAUCAUCAUAGUGGUGCUUUAUCGCCAUAUAUAGCGUGUCGCGUGCCCUCAGGACUAUAUGGACGUGGGAAGUUACAGGUUCGCGAUCUACGAUACGAGUGGUCUGACAUCGAUGGAACAAUAUAAAAUAUAAAAAUAUGAUACAUACAAAGUGAUUUUUUAAACUAAAUAUUUUAUGUUUGUAUUUUCGUUGUUUAUUUCAUCAUGUUUACAUUGUAACAAAAUAAGAACGCAAUCAUGAAAUGUUAUUUGUACAAUUAGCUUGAACUUUAUCUUUCAAUUUGGAGAAUAACGAUAUCUGUUAUAGGUCAGUAGCUCAUUUAAAUUUGUAUCAUGCCUUAAUAAGAAUAUGCUUUUCGAUAGGUUAUACAGAUUUAUAAUUGAGAUAUAUUUGCCUUAUCUCUGUUUUUAAACAUUGAAACAGAAAAAUAUCAUUUUAAAAUGAAUCACUGCUGUAACAUGUUGGCUCAUUUGCUCUCCGAAUUUAACGUCAGUGUGCAAAUAGGUGAGACAAAAUAUCACUGAUGUCAUAUCCAGAAUGAUUUGAACCUUUUUAAUUUGCUCGAGCAAGUAAGUGCUAUCACCCACCAACCUGUCUAAUUUGAUCAGGAUACUUGCAGCAUUUGCUCACCAAACUUACCAAACAGUUCGAGCGACUACUGGAAAUCAAUGUUCAUCAACCUAUCCAAUUUGUUAAGCGGGUUUGUGACAACCUAUGCUCACCAACCUACCCUAUUUGUGUAAGCAGGUUAGGGGCAACCGAUGCUUACCAACCAACCCAAUUUGUUUAAGCAGGUUAGUGGCAACCUAUGCUCACCAACCAACCCAAUUUGUUUGAGCAGAUUAGUGGCAACCUAUGCUCACCAACCAACCCAAUUUGUCUGAGCAGAUUAGUGGAAGUCUAUGCUUACUAACCAACCAAAUUUGCUUGCGCAGGCUAGUGGCAACACAUUUUCUUACUGUUAAAGGAAUAACCUUUAUUUCAAUCAACAGUUAUGUAGAUUUAUCUGGUACAUGUCAUAAAUCAUUGUUAUAUGAACAAACACGAACUCAUGAUAUUUUUUUUCAAUAUAACAAACACGAACUCAUGACAUAUUAGUAUAGCUGAAAGGCAUUGGGAAGGAUAUUAUAAUAAUUUGUUCAUCGUUAAUGUAUUGUUUUCGCCGACCAAUUAUCAAUAGUUAUGCUCAAUGGUUUGUCAUUUGUUUAUAACCUUGUAUGUAUAUACAAGACUACAGAAUUACAAUUAGAAGCAUAAUAGAUGUACACACAUGUAAUGUAUAUGUGUAUGUGAAUAAAGAUGUAAGUGAUUUGA